AGACUUUACCCAAAAGCAAGAAAACUUUGGAUUUUGCUACUGCACAUUAAAUUCAUCAUGUCCCUUUCAAGUUUCUGACCAUUUAUAUAAUUUGAUUGUGUAAUAAUUCCACAAGAUCUGGGCUCUCAAAAUUUCAAAGCUUUAUUGGGUCAUAGCUAACAAGGCAGAGUUGUGUGUGUAGAGUGUAGAGAGGAGGCAAAGGCAAAAGCAUGGAGGUGGUUCAGAUGCAGAGAAGAUUUGUGGAGUAUGCAGCAUCCUUGUUUCGUGAGGGGUUCUUGGAUGGUCAGUUCACACAGCUUCAGCAGCUGCAAGAUGAGAGCAACCCUGAUUUUGUGGUUGAAGUGGUGUCCCUCUUCUUUGAGGAUUCUGAGAAGCUUCUCAAUGAUCUGUCCAGAGCCCUAGAUCAGCAAAAUGUAGAUUUCAAGAGGGUUGAUUCCCAUGUUCAUCAGUUGAAGGGCAGCAGCUCCAGCAUAGGAGCACAGAGAGUCAAAAAUGCCUGCAUUGCCUUUCGCAACUACUGUGAGGAACAGAACACUGAUGCGUGCCUGAGCUGCCUGCAGCAAGUGAAACAAGAGUACUCCCUUGCGAAGAGCAAGCUUGAAACUCUCUUCAGGGUGAGUGCAAGAAGCCUUUUGUUAAAGGACAAAACUAACUUAGAAUCAGGCUUUCAAAAAUCCUUCUCGAAGUCUGAUUGUUGAUCUGUUUGUUUUGUUUCUUUGAUGAUUGCAGCUGGAGCAACAGAUUUUGACAGCUGGUGGGUCGAUACCAAUAAUGAUGGAAUGAAUGAAUUUGAGGUUUUUAGGAUCAGGGAAGGCGAGAAAAUUGGUGGGGGGUUUGUAGAAAGCUAGCAUGUAUGAGUUUCAAUUUCACUUGCUCUAAGGUGUUUCUUUUUUAAGUUUGUGUUUGUAUGAAUCUUAUGAAUGAGAGAUAGGCUUUUGCAUUUGGUGUUA